UGCAUCGUGUCAUGGCGACACGCAUGCAAGUUUCGUUGUGGUGCCGGCGCAUCGGGGGAUCGUCGUCAAUGUUUUAUCUAAUUGGUUUUAAUUAGGUUUACGUAAUUGUGAUAAUAGUUAGUUAAAAAGAAGUAUUAUCUAUUGCGUCCCUGACCACCCUGUUUGCAGCCCUAAUUCCUGGGGGCUGGUCUAUUUAAUCGACCAUGUGGAACCUGCCCGUCUUACUACUAGGUGUCUCUAGUGCACUCGUCGUUGUUGUUCACUGCGCUCCGCAGAAAGCAAUAUCCGUCACGUUGGACUCUAAAUGGAGCAACACACCUCUUCACCUAGAAGCCAGUGAAUUCUUCGCGGAGGAAAGCAGCGACUACUUCUGGCGCUAUGUUAACGACUUUCAACAACUGGACCUUGCUGCGUUCUCCAACAGCACGCCCAAGGUGCAGUAUGAGACUGUGCUUGACGUGGCCACCAAGCACCUGUCGCCAGCCAAGCUCGCAUUGCUGAAGCUGUCGCUGUCCCUGCGAGCCCACUCGCCAGCCGUUGAGACCUUCCAGCAGGCUGCCCGGGACAAGGGUUUUCCAGAGGACUGUCAGUUUGUCAUUGAGGUUCAAGGAGGUGGUGCCUUCUGCAGCAUCAAGGACUUGGACGAGGCUCUGAGAAAAAGAGAGAAAGAGGCAAAGCUGUAUACGUUCAAGGUGGACCACUCUUACGGCGGUGUGGCUACAAGCGCUAGCCAGCAACAGCAGAGGCCCAUUGUGAUCCUAUACGGUGACCUGGGCGCACCAGGCUUCAAGAGCUUCCAUGAAGCCCUUGAGGAGCGAGCGAAGCGCAGGGAGAUCAGCUAUGUGCUGCGUCAUUUCGUCAGAACUCCAUGUGCCAGCAAGGUUCGUCUAUCUGGCUAUGGUGUGGAGCUGGCCAUUAAGAGCACAGAAUACAAGGCUCAGGACGACACUAAGGUUAAAGAGGAAAAGAAUGUGGUGGACUCUGACGAAGUUGAAAAAGUUGAAAAUAUGGAAGGCUUUGACUUCAAGAAGCUAAAGGAGCUGUACCCUGACAAGAAGGACAAGCUGAACGUAUUGAAGGCCCACUUGGCCAACUCGGGAACUGAGCUGGCUGCCCUGAAGGUCUGGGAGCUACAAGAGCUGAGCUUGCAGGCUGCACAGAAAAUUCUGCUUGCCCCUCCUGAGGACGCCCUGCGCACCAUGAGGGACACCGCGCAGAACUUUCCCUCGCAAGCACGCUCACUCGUGAACAUCGCCGUCAGCCCCGAGCUCAAGAAAGAGGUGGAGGACAACCAACAUUCAUUUGCCCACUCGCUGAGCCUGGAACCCACAGACGGGGCGCUCUUCCUGAACGGCCUGUACUAUGAUGUGGAGGUCAUUGACCUCUUUACCCUGCUUCAAAGCCUCAAGCAGGAAACCCGUUUGCUUGAGGGCCUGCACAACAUCGGCAUACCUAAAGAGCUCAUUCCAAGCUUGGUGAAAGUGGACCUCGUGAACAACAAACAGGAAUAUGGAGUUGACAUCAGAGACUCUGCUGUUCUGUACAUCAACGACAUUGAGACUGACUCCGCGUACCGUACCUGGCCAAGCAGCGUCCAGGAUAUGCUACGACCAACCUACCCUGGCAUGCUGAGGCAUGUGCGCAAGAACAUGUACAACCUGGUGGUUAUAGCCGAUCCUUCCAAGGAAGACGUCAAAGAUAUCCUUAAGCUGGCAGAGUCAUUCUACAUUCAUCGGGCUCCUCUGAGGAUAGGCCUGGUGUUUGCCGUGAACCCCGACAUGUCCGUGACUGGAAACGAGGAUGCAGGCGUGGCCAUGCUGAAUGCCUUCAACUUUAUUAGUCAGAACACUGUGCCAUAUGACGGACUGUCUUUCAUUACUGACGUGUAUGCGGUAACCAAAAGUGGGCCCAUUACAGCUGAGACGGUUAUCGCUCAGUUCAAGCUCAAGUUUCCCGGAGAAGACCUGGAGUUGAUUUUUGGGGAAGACUCGGACUACGACACUGGACGCAAGCUAGCUUGGGAGUUUAUCAACAAGACUGGUAUCACUGGAACACCACAGGCACUCUUGAAUGGUGUAUUGUUGAAGCCGAGUCAUUUGAAUGCAGACAUGUUUGAGGAAGGUGUCCUGACUGAGAUUAUGAAGCAGACACCAAUGAUCCAAAAGAGCAUCUAUAAGGGAGAGUUGAUUGAUUCAAAGAACGUGCUGGAUUUCCUGAUGGAACAGCCCAACAUCAUGCCUCGGCUGAACCAGCGAAUCCUUGCUCCGGGCACCAACUUUGUGGAUCUCACUGGGCGUGUUGUUGUAGGGCUGACUCCCGACGACUUUGCAUCGCUCUCUCCUCCUGACAUGGGCGCCACAUUUGCAUCACAGGUUCUUUACGUACUCCCUAAAGACCGAACGCGGUACUAUCCGCUGACUGCCUGGGUUGCGGGAGACUUCGACACUCCAGAGGGACGACACCUGCUGCGCAGUGCCAUGGAACAUCUGGCAGCCAUGGAAGACCCUUUGUUUGACGACAGCACCAAUGACAUGCGCUUUGGUGUCAUUUUCAACCCCGGUGAUUCGAGUGCCACAAGUGGCGAGUCAGUAAAUAAGGUCAUUUGGACGGCACUCGAGUCUCUGCCAGCAAUGGAGGCCAUCGGGUUUCUGCGGAAACUGCUCUCGGAGAAGAACUACGCUGAAUUUGCCGCUGGCCGAAAGAAGGCCUUCGAGUUCCUUUCGCCCAACUCUAAAGUGGAUGCAUUCAAGAAGGCCCUGGCAGACUGCGACGGCGGUUUCCUUACAUGGCAUAGAACAUUCUCCCGGCUUGCUCUAAAGCUCUCUCCACAACAGCGUGCUGUAGUUGCUGGCGGCAGGUUAAUCGGGCCGUUCGAAGAUGGAGAAAUCUUUAACAGCGACGACUUCAACCUCCUGGAACGCUAUUCCAUGAGCACCUAUGGGACCAAGAUAACAGACAUUCUGAGAGCCGAAAGCAGCAGCCCUGGUGAUGUGGAUAGUGAUCUUGCUAUGAAGGCUGCAAGUGUGUUAAUGUCACAUGUACAAACGAAGGUUCGACACCAAGUGAGCGCAUACAAGGAAGAGAAGAGUGUGCUGAAAAUCCCGUGCUCUCAGCCAGAUGAACCAGCUCACGAGGUCAUCGUAAUCGUGGACCCAGUCUCACGAGGGGCUCAGAAGAUAUCGCACAUACUGUUGGUGCUGCAGAAUGUGAUCAAUGCCAAUGUAAAGGUGUUUUUCAACUGCAUCAACAAGCACUCGGACAUGCCUCUCAAAAGCUACUACCGCUUUGUACUGGAGCCAGAGCCCCAGUUUGGGCUGGACGGCCAGCUGGGACCGGGGCCUUAUGCCAAGUUUGUCAACAUGCCCCAGUCACCGCUGCUCACCUUGGGUAUGGCCACUCCCGAGAACUGGCUAGUGGAGGCAGUGCGCUCUCCCUACGACCUCGACAACAUCCACAUGGAGCAGGUGGAGAGCAGAGUGCACGCCGAGUUUGAACUGGAGUACCUACUUUUGGAAGGGCACUGCUUUGAACAGUCCAGUGGCAACCCGCCCAGGGGCUUGCAGUUUAUCCUGGGCACCCAGAGCAACCCUGCUGUGGUGGACACCAUUGUGAUGGCAAACCUGGGUUACUUUCAGCUAAAGGCUAACCCCGGUACUUGGACUCUGCGACUGAGGCCAGGGCGAUCUAGCGAGCUUUAUGACAUCACAAGCCAUGAAAACACAGACUCCUCACAGGACUCCAGUGAUGUGUUAGUAGUCAUAAACAGUUUCAGAAGCCACGUCCUGAAAGUGAAGGUCGCAAAGAAGCCUGGAAAGCAAAAUGAGGACUUGCUUUCUGAUGGAGUUGAGGAUGAAAAUGACCUGUGGAGCUCAUUCUCGCAAAUACCUAUAGUUGGCGGCUUAUUAACGGAGUGGAGGCAGAUAGGCAGAACAAUCUACAGCUCUAUCGUUGGCGAGCCAGCUAAGAAAGACGAAGAAGAACAGGACAAUGUGAUCAAUAUAUUUUCACUCGCUUCGGGACAUCUCUACGAGCGACUCUUGAGGAUUAUGAUGCUCAGUGUGUUGAAGAACACAAAAACUCCUGUCAAGUUCUGGUUCCUCAAGAACUACCUGUCGCCUACAUUUAAGGACGUGCUCCCAUACAUGGCCAAGGAGUAUGGCUUUCAGUACGAGCUGGUGCAGUACAAGUGGCCACGCUGGCUCAACCAGCAGACUGAGAAACAGCGUAUCAUUUGGGGGUAUAAAAUAUUGUUCCUGGAUGUGUUGUUCCCUCUGGACGUUAAGAAAAUCAUCUUUGUCGACGCUGACCAGGUGGUCAGAGCUGACAUGAAAGAGCUACGAGACUUGGACCUUGGUGGAGCCCCAUAUGGUUAUACACCAUUCUGUGAUAGCCGCAAGGACAUGGAUGGUUACAGGUUCUGGAAGUCCGGGUACUGGGCCAGUCACUUGGGAGGCCGCAAGUACCAUAUUAGUGCCCUCUACGUGGUGGACCUGAAGAAGUUCCGGAGAAUAGCUGCUGGAGACCGACUGCGAGGCCAGUAUCAGGGCCUCAGCCAGGACCCCAACAGCUUGUCCAAUUUGGACCAGGACCUGCCAAACAACAUGAUUCACCAGGUGGCCAUCAAAUCUUUACCUCAAGAAUGGCUCUGGUGUGAAACGUGGUGCGAUGAUGACUCCAAGAAACGAGCAAAGACCAUUGAUUUGUGCAAUAACCCGAAGACGAAGGAGCCCAAGCUAGUGAGUGCCGCUCGCAUCAUCAAGGAGUGGAAAGACUAUGAUGAAGAGUUGAAGCAAUUCAUGGAACGCUACGAGAGCGGCGCACUUAGGUUAGACACAGCUAAAGCUGACAGUGAAAAGAUGGACAAGAAGCUUGAUGAUGGUAAAGUGCGGGAUGGUGCUCAUGUUGAGUUAUGAUUUUCACUCAUCUUCGUUUUGUACAGUGGUUGAUCGCUCACUUUUUUUUUGUUCUUCUUGCCUGUUGUCACAUACUUACACUCACCUUUUUUGUACAUGCUUGCGUCGAUCUGCGGUGCGUGGUGACACGAGUGGAGUGCAUUGAGUUCAAGAAUAAAAAAUCAUCUCACAUGACAACCAGAA